AAUACUGAGCCCGUAGUUGUUCAGCGGUAUCCCGUAUCCAAGCAAGUUGUAAUCAAACUAACAAUGGCGUCCACACGCUUCAAAACAUCUGCAAAAAAAUAUUGUUUUUGAGUGUUUAGCAAGAAAAAACUGGGAUAAAAGAUGGCCCAAAAGUUAAAACUCCUGAGCAUGAAGGAUGCUCGAAAGGUUUUGGAGAAUGCGAACUUACCAGGUCUUCUUAACAGGGACCUCAAGAUUUCCUUGUACUCCAAAGCUGAGCGUCUGCAAACUAUUAGAGAAACCAAGGACAGGGAUGAUAGAGCUGUGGCUGCAGCAAUAGAAAUACAGCGCAUAUGGAGAGGCCAUCAUGCAAGAUCCAUGCUCUCUGAAAUCCUUCAUCCCAAGGGUAGUGGCAAAGAAAGAAAACCUCAGGAUUUGAUCAACAUAAAAGCUAAAUAUGAUAAAUACACCAACUCAGUCAGAGAAAACCCUAUCAGUUUUAGAGAGUUUUGUGCUCGUACAAUACAAAGAUGGUGGAGAAAACAACUCCAGAAGCAAAGAAAUAUUAAAGGAGGUUAUCCUAGUGCUCCACCUCCUACCACAAACGGUGAAGUCUCCCCCCAGAGAACUGAAGAAACACCAGAAAGCCGAGAAGAAAGCAGAGCAUCUACUGCAACAGAUAGACAAGGAGCAGCUUCCACUAUACAGAAAGCUUGGAGAAAACAUAUUGACGUACAAGUGUACAAUUAUUACAAAGACUUAAUCAACUUUAAGAACAGAGGUGAUCCAAAACUAAUGCUAAGAUGCAUUAACCCUAGAGAGGCAGAUCUUCUUGAUGCAGGUGCUGGAGUUCACGUUAAGUUCAGACUUGCUGGAGAGAAGUUCCCACCCAACAUCUACUACAAGAUCUUCACUCACAGGAAUAUAGCAGACAUUGGUGCAUUCGCCCCUCGUGAUUAUACAGCGGCUGAUAACAAGAGCCUUCCAUGUAAUAUUAUGCAUAACAAAGGUGUCGAGAUAAAGCAAGAGAUGCUGAAUUUAGAUCUUUUUCAAAAAAAUGGACAAGUAUAUGUGUUUUCGAUGCUUCGAAAACAAGAUUUAGAAGUCAAGCGAAAACAGAGAAAAAUAGAAUGGAUGAAAAAAAUGUACAAACAAGGCAUGUUACAGGCCAAAGGGACGAACGACCCUCAAACACAAAAUAUUAUAAAGACUGUAGCCCAGGGCAUGGUGAACGCGGCUGAUGCUCGGGGACACGAGGCCGUGGAGGACUGGGAAGUAGAUGAGUUGCUGGAAUGGACCAAUGGACUCAAUUUUGAUGAAUAUCUUGUCGAAUGGAAGGAAUAUGCUACUAGUGCUGGAUCUGAACACUUGUCUGGUCAACUCAAUUACAUCCCAGACGAUCCUUUCUCGUUUAACAUCAGCACCGAACAAGCUUGUCAAUAGUGUGGUCUUCAUGGCUAGCACUAGAGUAAUGUAUAUUGACAGCUAUGGACUCGAGUUGUCGAGAAAUCCUGUCCAACAAGACCUAUAUCAAAACACCGAGUCCUAGCAAAUAUGUUAUUCUAAAUUUCAUUGAGAUAGUUAGGUUCUCCGAAAUUUGAACAAAUAUUCGUGUAAUUUAUGACGCGAAAUAAUUAAUGUCUAAAAUAUAAUUGUAAAUAUGAUAAUUGUUUAACACAGUAAAAGUUGAAGCACCCAAAAAUAGUUUUUCUUUGAAUGGAAAAUUCGUAAAGCCGGCAAUAUUAGUCGUUCGUUCUCUUCUGUACUUCAAGGAGUUUACCCGCGUUCACCGCGGUCUCUCCACAAAUAUUAACGUCAAUAGAAUUAAAAAGCCACGGCUAAAUCUCUUUUUUAUUUUCU